AUGGGUGCAUCAGGCUUAGGUUCUGGUUUAGCAAAUUGCAUUAAUCUCUCAAAUUUGACACUUUAUCUUAGUAGCAAUUAAAUUGGUGAUGAAGGUGCAUCAGGCUUAGGUUCUGGUUUAGCAAAUUGCAUUAAUCUCUCAAAUUUGACACUUAACCUUUUGUAAAAACAGUUUAUUUGUUUUGGAUUGUGA